GCUGGGCCAUAGCAGUGAACAGCCUUCAGGCAUGUCUACAGCGGAAGAUCUGAAUUCAGGCUGGUGGCAGGAGACAACACAACCACGUUUUCUUUUAUGCAUGCAUUUGGUUUAAUUGACACAUUAACCACAGACAAAGGGGUAAAGGCCACAAAGUGUUAGGUUAGUAUGAACAGGGAAAAGGACAUUUUUUUUUUAAGAAAAAUAAAAGCAUCAGUAUUGCAAAGACUUUCCAUGAUCCUACACCCACCUCGAAAGCCCCGUCUCACCACAGGAAGUGCACUGACCAUUGGAGGCAUAAAAGAGGUCUUCAAAGAGCCCGAUCCUCACUCUCCCUGCACAGCUCAGCAGGACCUCAGCCAUGAGACUUCUCAUCCUGGCCCUCCUUGGCAUCUGCUGUCUCACUGCAUACAUUGUGGAAGGUGUAGGGAGUGAAGUCUCAGAUAAGAGGACCUGUGUGAGCCUCACUACCCAGCGACUGCCAGUUAGCAGAAUCAAGACCUACACCAUCACAGAAGGCUCCUUGAGAGCAGUAAUUUUUAUUACCAAACGUGGCCUAAAAGUCUGUGCUGAUCCACAAGCCACAUGGGUGAGAAACGUGGUCAGGAGCAUGGACAGGAAAUCCAGUGCCAGAAAUAACAUGAUCCAGACCAAGCCAACAGGAACCCAGCAAUCGACCAAUACAGCUGUGACCCUGACUGGCUAGUAGCCUCUGGCACACUGUCCCUCUCCAGCCAGCCAGCUCAUUUCACUUUACACGCUCAUGGACUGAGUUUAUACUCACCUUUUAUGAAAGCACUGCAUGAAUAAAAUUAUUCCUUUGUAUUUUUACUUUUAAAUGUCUUCUGUAUUCACUUAUAUGUUCUAAUUAAUAAAUUAUUUAUUAUUAAGAAUACUUCCCUAGUCUAUUCAUUAUAUGUAGGGAAAAGUAGUAUAUCAUUGGUGUUUGAUUUCUGUCCUGCUUGUACCUCUCUUUGAUGGUAACCAUAAUGGAAGAGAUUCUGGCUAGUGUUUAUCAGAGGUGAAAACUAUAUCGAUCACUCUUUGAGUCCAGCUUGUAAUGGUUCUUUACACAUGAGUCACAAGUUACAGCUGUGACAAUGGCAACAAUUUGAGAUCUAUUUCAACUUGUCUCUAUAAUAGAAUUCUGUUUAUAGAAUAAGGGAGAAAAUAAUCCAGUCUUCACUGGGUUCCCAUUCUGAGGGUCCACUACUCAAAAAUUUGCUUCACUCAAUUUUUUUCACCUCUUUGUGUUUUAUUUUGGUGUCCUAUUAAAGGAAUAAAAUGACACAACUUGUCCCUUUUUUUGUCCCAUUAGCAAAAAUUAGAAUUUUGGUAUAAAGAAACUUUAUUCAAGUAAAAAUCAAUACCUUUUGAAUUGGACAAUAAUCUCACUACCUUAUUAGGAUUUCUGUAUUUGCCAUUACGCUAGUUAUCAUGCAUGUUAUGCUUUACUGUGAAUAAGCUUUUAAUGCUCCAAAUGCUGACCCAUGCAAUAUUUCCUCAUGUGAUCACAAUUUGCAGUAAACUUUUAAUUAAAUGCUCAUCUGGUAACUCAACACCCCAGAUUCAUGCUGUCUUGUAUGCUAAUUAAAUUGCUGAUUUGUUUCAUGCUUAGGGUUUUACUAUCCAAGUAGCUGACGAUGUAUACAUUCUCUUCUAUCAG